UGGGCCUGCUUCCGGUAAUCUUGUUAGGCGCGGCGGCGGCUUAGGCGGUGGUGUUUGCUGAGCAUUUUCUAGACCUUCGUAGGCAUGGCGGCGGCUUUUCGCAAGGCUGCCAAGUCCCGGCAGCGGGAACACCGAGAACGAAGCCAGCCUGGCUUUCGAAAACGUCUGGGUUUGCUGGAGAAAAAGAAAGAUUACAAACUUCGUGCAAAUGACUAUCAUAAAAAACAAGAUUGCCUCACAGCUCUCCGGAAGAAGGCUCUUGAAAAAAAUCCAGAUGAAUUCUAUUAUAAAAUGACUCGGGUUAAGCUCCAGGAUGGAGUUCAUAUUAUCAAAGAGACCAAGGAAGAAGCAACACCAGAGCAGCUAAAGCUGAUGAGAACUCAGGAUAUCAAAUACAUAGAGAUGAAAAGGGUUGCGGAAGCGAAGAAAAUUGAAAGGCUGAAAUCAGAGCUCCACCUGCUGGAUUCCCAGGGGAAGCAACAGAAUAAGCACGUGUUCUUUUUUGACACCAAAAAGGAAGUUGAAAGGUUUGAUAUUGCAACUCACUUGCAAACAGCCCCAGAGCUCGUUGACAGAGUCUUUAAUAGACCCAGGAUCGAGACCUUGCAGAAGGAGAAAGUGAAAGGGGUCACCCCCGGGACGCGACUCAAGCGGAUAGCUAAAGAAAGACAAAGGCAGUAUGAUUGCUUGACCCAGCGGAUUGAGCGGGAGAAGAACCUGUUCGUUGUGGCACAGAAAAUUCAAGCACGAAAAGAUCUUAUGGUGAGGAGAGGAGCCUUGAGCCUGCUCUCUUCCUUCCUUUCUUUUUUUCUUAUAAAGGUCUUAACUGAGACUGGCUCUCGGCUGUGUGUAAAUCAACAGCAGUGAAAAUGUCUGCUCCUUGGGGGCAGUGCUUUGAGCCAGUGUCUAUCGCUCUGCCACUGUUGAAGUGUUCCUUGAUUAAGAAGGUAAUAAGGGGGUUAUUAGCCAGCGCCUUGGAGCAGCAAAGGGUAGGAUCAGGUAGCAUAUGGACUUUAUAGCUUAGGAGCAGCUCCUGUAACAUUUAAACAGGUUAACAAAACAGUGCAUGCCACUCACUGGUGUUUAAAAAUAGACAACAUUGUGCAGUUAAAUAGCAGAGCUAAGGAAUUUAAGAAGCUCCUUCGCAUUAUCACUCCUCUAAAUGUCAAAUUCUUCAGCCCUGCAGAUCAUUUAGGUUGGCCUUUCCCAACUGGGGUUCUGAGAGAGAAUUAAAUUUAUAAUUUAAACAAAAUAAUUACUUGAGCCGCUCUCUCUUCAGUUUUCCCAAAGAUUG